GCUGGAAUUAAAGGCGUGCGCCACCCGGCUUGCACUUUGGUUUACAUAGCAUUUCUCGCUAGGCCACAAAAGAACACAAACAUUGCCCUCCAGAUCCACAAACCUCUUCCGGUCCAGAUGGGGCAAAGGGAAGAUCUUGGCAGCAGGAGGCCAGAGUUAGAGCCUGGAUUUGGAUUGUGGGACCUCCUAGGUUCUUGGGGAGGGGUUCUGUGAAGCUGGGCUUUGAAGGGUGUGUAGGAGUUUAAACUAUUGCAGUAUGAUUUACUGUCAUACAGCAGGUUAAAGAGUAGAACCAACCCUCUCUACAAUGGAGAGGACACAGGAUGGAUGGCACCCAGACCCGGAAUGCCGAGAUCUACACUCGACACAGGCAGAUCCCACAGCCUCCUUUUGCAGACCUCAGCCCAGCCACAGUCUUCCUCCAGCCGAGAGCACCAAGGGCUCAGUGGUGUGUCUUUGUUGAUGUUGCUAAGCGUCCGGGCGCGCGCGAGCGUGCGCACGCCAGCCCCCUUCGCAGGCGCUCGCACGCAGUGAUCUAGUUUCUCUCCUCAUCGAUCUGGCUGGCCUUGCCCCUCCUCCACACCCUGCCCCGCCCAGCCCUCUUCCCUUUGUUUCCCGGCAGGACUGUCCUGGGUGUGUGUGGGUGUGGGGGGGAGACAGAGGUAGGGUGGUGAUGCCAACCCCUUUCCCUCACAGAAGGAAUCCUCUUGGGGUCUGAGGGAGGCAUCUCAGAGGUCCCUUGAGCCUGGGGUGAGACUGGUGGCCGGCCUGAGAGUUCUGAUAUUCGGGUUCUAAUAACCCCAAGAACCAACGGGAGUCCUUGGCUAACAGCCGUGGCAACAGGCCAGGAGUCCGCAGAGGCGGCCUGUGUUUACUCUCAGACCCUUCCAGCCGCAGCCCCUUCUGCGGCUGCGCUGUCCGGGGCACUUGAUUCACUUCCAGCCGUCAGUUUCCCUUUAAACCUUGUCCCCGCCCCAGGCUUCAAUUUACCCACUAAAUAGCAAAACAGGGGAAGGGGACACCUCUGAGUUGGAGGUUCUCGAGUCCUGGACCCCAGCCUCUGCGCUGGCCCAGGCCCUAUUUUGAAGUAGUUAGUCAGGAUAUGGCUGGAAGUGUCGGCGACUGAGACCCUCACAUCCUGCCUCUGCUACCUUCUCCCUACCCUAGUCCUUAGUUUUCCCACUGCUCUGGCUUCAGUUUCCCUACUCAGGAAAGAAAGCACGGUCGGGCUGGAACAGUGGCUUAGGGGUCACUUAGGGAAGGGAGGAGGAUGCCUCUACAAAGCCAGGCCUCUUAGAAGGGUGGUGACGGGCACCUCGGGGUUGGAGGAUGGAUGAUGCACUGCACCCGCGACCUCAGGCCUCAGUUUCUCCAUUCAGACGAAGGGUAGAGUGGUGCUGGAGCGGGGGCGAAGGGGCACUUCGAGGUUGGAGGAUCGCGCCCCGCCUCCCAUCUGCAGACACUAGUCUCAGUUUCCCCACCGGUCAGAGCGUGACUGGACAGCCCCUCCGGGAGCCCCGACAGGCCGUGCGGGGUGGAAUGGGUGCCGCCAGCGAAGGGCUGGGGUCCUAGGAGCGCAGCCCCCCGCGGCUGCGCGCUGCGCGAAGCGGUGACAUCACCAGGCGGGGAGGAGCGCGCGGCUCCGUGCCAGGCUCAGCCGGGGCUCCUCGGCGGCCGCGGCCAUGACGCAGGGUCCGGGUGGCCGCGCGGCCCCCGAGCCCGAGGCGCCCACCACCUUCUGCGCGCUGUUGCCGCGCAUGCCGCAGUGGAAGUUCGCGGCACCCGGCGGCUUCCUGGGUCGCGGUCCGGCGGCGCGCGCGGCGGGGGCGGCCGAGGCGCAGCCCGAGCCAGGGGUCCCCGCGCUGACCGCCGUGCUGGGAGCCUGCGAACCGCGCUGCGCCGCGCCCUGCCCGCUGCCCGCGCUCGGCCGCUGCCGGGGUUCGGGAACGCGGUGCGCACGGGGGACCCCAGACGUCGCCGAUGAGUGGGCGCGCAAGGGCGGCUUCAUCCACAAGCCGGCUCACGGCUGGCUGCACCCCGACGCCAGGGUCCUGGGGCCCGGGGUCUCUUACAUCGUGCGGUACAUGGGCUGUAUUGAGGUGCUCCGAUCCAUGCGUUCUCUGGAUUUCAACACCCGAACGCAAGUGACAAGGGAAGCCAUCAACCGGCUCCAUGAGGCCGUGCCUGGCGUCCGUGGCUCCUGGAAGAAGAAGGCCCCAAACAAGGCGCUGGCUUCCAUCUUGGGGAAGAGCAACCUGCGUUUCGCUGGUAUGAGCAUCUCCGUCAACAUCUCUGUGGAUGGCCUCAACCUGUCUGUUCCUGCUACCCGCCAGAUCAUUGCCAACCAUCAUAUGCAGUCCAUUUCCUUUGCUUCGGGUGGAGACACGGACAUGACUGAUUACGUGGCCUAUGUGGCCAAGGACCCCAUCAACCAGAGAGCCUGCCAUAUCUUGGAGUGCUGUGAGGGUCUAGCCCAGAGCAUCAUCAGCACUGUAGGCCAAGCCUUCGAGCUGCGCUUCAAGCAAUACCUGCACAGUCCCCCCAAGGCCAUAGUGCCCCCCGAAAGGCUGACAGGGCUGGAGGAGUCGGCCUGGGGUGACGACGACGAGGCUACGGACCACAAUUACUAUAACAGCAUUCCAGGGAAGGAACCACCCCUGGGUGGGCUGGUGGACUCCAGACUGGCUGUCACACAGCCGUGUGCCCUGGCGACACUUGGAGGCCUCGGACAGGGAAUGUCACCUGCACGGAGAGAUGCCCGGGGCUUGCCAUGGGACAUGGGUCCCUCCGGAACAGCCUCACCUGGGGAUGGCUACGUGCAGGCAGAUGCUCGAGGGCCACAUGACUACGAGGAGCACCUGUACGUCAACACCCAGGGCCUGGACGCUAUGGAGUCCGAGGACAUGUUCGAGGCCCCUCUGCUGCCUGAGGACAGCCCCAAGAAGGACCUGUUUGACAUGCGACCCUUUGAGGAUGCCCUGAAGUUGCACGAGUGCACAGUCGCAACAGGCAUCACUGCAGCCCCGUUCCCUUUGGAGGACCAGUGGCCCAGCCCCCCUACCCGCAGGGCCCCCAUUGCACCCACAGAGGAGCAAUUGAGGCAGGAGCCCUGGUACCAUGGACGCAUGAGCCGUCGGGCUGCGGAGAAGCUGCUUCGUGCCGAUGGGGACUUCCUUGUGAGAGACAGCAUCACCAACCCGGGGCAGUAUGUCCUCACAGGCAUGCACGCGGGGCAGCCCAAACAUCUGCUGCUGGUGGACCCCGAGGGUGUGGUGCGGACGAAGGACGUGCUGUUUGAGAGCAUCAGCCACCUCAUAGACUACCACCUGAAGAACGGGUUGCCCAUUGUGGCUGCCGAGAGUGAGUUGCAUCUGCGGGGAGUGGUCUCCCGGGAGCCGUGAGCCAGGUGAUGGUUCUCAACACAGCUUCUACCCCCAGAGGCCCUUGCAGUGACCCUGAGGGUUCAGCCCUUUUCUCGGACCCUGAAACCACCAGAAACAGAAUGGCUGUCAUUUCUCCUUCCGCAUGAGCCUCAGGAAGCCGCCUUUCCCCAGCUGCGCUCGGCUGGCUGGGCCAGUGAGAUAGAGUUAGGGUCCAAACCCCUGGUCCUGCCUGAGCCCCCACCCUGAACGUGGGUGGGGUUGUAUAAACCAAAGACUGACCGAGUCGCCUUUAACAGACACCCCAAUGGCAGGCCCUGUGCCUUUGGUCCCUAGUGGGGCAGAGUUAUCAGGCUGUGUCUAUGAGUGACAUGCAUACCCCUGUGUGUGCCCUGACUGGCUCUGAGGACCCGGAUGCAUUGUUGCCUUUGGGGGGGAUCAAGGUGCUUUUGAGUCUCAAACCCCUGGUGGGGGAGCAGCCUUGGGGCUCGCCUGGAAUGGUAGGACAUCCAGGUGAGUUAGAGGCCGAGGAGCCUCACUGAGGUAUGGUAUCCAGUCAGCUCUUCCAACUGUCGGCUCCCGGACCUUCAACUGUAAUUAAACACAGUGUUGAACACGUGCCGGCCGUGUCUGUGUGCACCUGCCAGGGUUCCCAGGGGGGAAACUGAGGCCGAGCAGGAAGCUGUGCAGAGUCCUGGGGCUGGAGCGCCCUACCCCACCCCAUGCCCCAACUCUCAACAAGCCUCCGGUUU